GCCAAGGCUGAUUAGCCCGUCUAUAUCUUGCAAUAUCUGUUUGGUUUGUUUUGCCAUUGCUCAGGUCAGGCCAGGCCAGUCCGUCCUCAGCUGCUGAAUUGUGCAGUUUACCCGCCGUCUCGCUUUCAACUCUGCCGCGUGGUCGUAUCAACAAAGUCAAGAUGGUGUCGCUGGCGAAGCUGAAACAAUUGAGACUGAUCCACCUGUGCAUCGCCCUGACGUUCUUCACCAGCGGGGUGUGCAUCAACCUCAUCCAGCUGCUGAUGCACAUCUUCAUAAAGCCCAUCGACAAACGUCUCUUCCGCAAGCUGAUGUACUAUGCCUGCUACUCCCUCUACUCCCAACUUGUCUUCGUGGCGGAUUGGUAUGCCGGCAGCAAGAUGAGCGUCUACAUGGACGAGGAUGACUACAAGAAGUACGCUGGCAAGGAGCACGUUCUGCUCAUCAUGAACCACAAGUACGAGAUCGACUGGCUCAAUGGAUGGAUGAUCUGCGACAAGGUGAACGUUCUCGGCAACUGCAAGGCGUACGCGAAGAAGCCCAUCCGCUAUGUGCCCAUCAUUGGCUGGGGCUGGUGGCUGGCCGAGUUCGUCUUCCUCAACCGCAACUUUGACCAGGACAAGACCAUCAUUACGGAGCAGCUGAAGGUUGUCUUCUCCUACCCCGAUCCCACCUGGCUGCUGCUCAACGCCGAGGGCACACGCUUCACCCCGGCCAAGCACGAGGCCUCCGUCAAGUUUGCCCAAGAGCGUGGCAUGCCCGUCCUCAAGCACCAUCUGAUUCCGCGCACCAAGGGAUUCACCGCCAGCCUGGCUCCCAUUCGUGGCCUCUGUCCGGUUAUCUAUGACAUCAACCUGGCCUACAGGUCAGACGAUCCGACACCUGCCACCAUGCUGUCGCUGCUGAAUGGCAAGGGCGUGCAGCCGCAUAUGCUGAUGAGACGCAUUCCGCUGGAGCAGGUGCCGGAGGACGAGAAGGAGGCCGCCAAGUGGCUCCAGGAUCUGUUCGUGGAGAAGGAUCGCAUCAUCGAUAGCUUCCUCGAGACGGGCAGCUUCUUCAAGACAUCGGGCGUGAAGGAGGUGCCGAUGUACGUCCGGAAGCCGCGCCUUAGCUCGCUGCUAAAUUUCUGCGCCUGGGCCAUAUUCUCGAUGUCCCUCAUCUUUUCCUAUUUGAUCAAUUCCUUGGUGGCGGCCAACUGGACGGCCUUCAUCACCUCCCUCUCGAUCCUGGCACUCUUCUACUUUAUGAUGGGACAGGCCAUCAAGAGCACGCAGAUCAGCAAGGCUUCCAACUACGGAUCGGCUGCAACCGAAAAAACGAGCACAAAAUAAUUCAAAUUCAACUUUUGUUUGAUGUUACAAUUUUAGUCAAGGAGCCAAGCUAAUGAACUCAAUUAUCUACAAGUUAUUUGUAAACCGGAUUAGCCCCGAAGGCAACGUCACAACUCUCUGCUAUGCGAAUCCAUUCCUGAUUCGAUUUGAUUCCUCUCCGGACUGCAAAGUGGUUAAGAAAGUACGUUUUUUCUAAGUUUAUGGUUACGAGGUGCACUGGAGCCAUCAAGUUUACGUAUGUAGUAGCUGGUAGUUAUACACCUAAGUGAGCAUUGUUUAAUUCAUAAUGUAUUUGGAGAUUAUUGCAAUAAUUAAAUUCAAUUGAAUUAGA